UGUGAGAAGUGAAAACACAGUCUGAGAUCCACCGUCUCCUCCAUCAAGCCGCUGCCUCCUUCCUUCGUAUUGCUGCCGCACGCCUCCCUCAACACCACCAACACUCUCCUCGAUCUCACCUUCUUCCGAUCUCUCCCUAAACUCUCUCAGGCAACGAAAUAGUACACCGCCGGCGACCAAACCCUCCAUGUUCCCUUAGCUACGGUUUCUGUUUUUCCGGCAACCGGCGUUAGACAUCCUAACCAUUUCCGACUGUUUAAGGUCACCACAGUCUCGAUCUACCAUUGCAUUUGGUUUUCUCAACCCAUUUGUUGCGGCUAGGGUUUCAAGCAGCAGCGAUGGAUCAGUUGUACUGUUAGCACGGUGGUUUCAAGUGUGUUUUGGCAUUUGCAGUGGAUUCCGGCAAGACCGUCAAGAGAUCCUCGAAUAUGUGUUAGUCAGUGGCCGGCAUGAUCUCUUAUUCUGGUCGUCAACAACUCAAUGCCAACGAAGGACAUCAUUGUAAUUUUAUAAGAAAGGCCCAGUUUAGUACUGGAUGGGCCUCUUCAUAAACGGCCCACAUAUGAUCCAAAUCGGCGAAACUCCCCCCAAUCCACCAUCUGUCUGUCAGUGCUCCGUUUUCUACUCUUGUUUCGUCGCUGCUUACAAUACAUACAACGUCGUCUGGCCGUCUUCUUUCAUCUUCUGAAACAGGCGGCGGAGUUGCUGCUAUUCAACUUCUUUGUCUCUGAUCUGUUUUGAUACUCAGGUUAUGGAUGUGGGACAUUGCUACCUAGAUGGAAAUGCAGACGUUGUUGAGUUUUGUCCCCAUGAUUCGUUCCAUCAUGUCCUUGCAGCUUCAACCUACACGCUGCAAGAGGGUGAUCAACCAAGUAGAUCCGGAAGCAUUUCUCUUUUCAAUGUGGACCUCGACAGAGUCGAUUUGUCCUAUAGGUUGAAAACUGCGGGUAUCUUUGAUAUGAAAUGGAACCCAGUGGGAGCCAAUGCAACACAUCCAUUGCUUGCUCAAGCAGACGCUGAUGGUUUCUUGAGGGUUCAUCACUUAAAAAACUCUAUAAACGGGGAUGCUUUGAAAGAGGUACAUAAUCAAAAAGUCAGCUCGUCUAUGUGUCUAUGCUUAGACUGGAAUCCGUCGGCUACAUCGAUAUCAACGGGCCUUUCUGACGGUUCGGUCUCGAUAAUCUCUAUUGAAGAGACCAAAACAAGCGUUCUACAAGAAUGGAAAGCCCAUGACUUUGAGGUCUGGGCUGCUUCUUUCGACCCGGACCAGCCACAUCUGGUCUACACCGGGUCAGACGACUGCAAAUUUAAGGGCUGGGACUUACGAACUAGUCCAUCUGAAAUUGCGUUUCAGAAUUCAAAAGCUCAUCAAAUGGGUGUUUGUUGUAUUGCAAAAUCUCCACAUGAUCCCAACACUUUAUUUACCGGAAGCUAUGAUGAAAGUUUAAGGGUAUGGGAUGUGAGAUCGAUUUCAAGGCCUGUAAAUGAAACAUCGAUUAAUUUAGGUGGCGGGGUUUGGAGAAUCAAGAACCAUUCUGUUGUUCCCGGAUUGAUUUUGGCGGCUUGUAUGCACAACGGGUUUACUAUUGUUAAAGUCGACGGGAAUGAAGUUAAAGUGGUGGAAACAUAUAACAAACAUGAUUCACUUGCUUACGGAGCAGAUUGGUAUAGAGGGAGUAUACGCGAUCCAGACAACAAGGAGAAAACUAUCGUUGCUACAUGUUCGUUUUAUGAUAAGCUCCUUCGAGUCUGGGUGCCAGAAAAUGAUAUAAUCUAAUAUUUGUAAGUCUAUAUUUACUUAAUGUAUUGAUCAAUUCUAGGAUCUAUAGUUUCAUCAUUUUAGAAAAUUUGUUCAUCAAGAUUUUCAUCUUCAUGAUAAGUUGAUAUCAUGUUCUACACGUC